AGUCGCGUCGGACACAACUCUUAUCAGUCGAGCGGCUAUCGCGAAGCAAGCAAAAUGUUUAUGUCACUGAUUCUUAUAAAUAUUCUAUUUCUUUUAUUACUGAAACUGUACACUAAAUUGACGUGUGGAAUAUGUACGAGCAGCCAGCACAUGGUGGGUAAGGUGGUGAUUGUGACAGGGGGGAAUGCGGGCAUCGGGCUGGAAACGGCGAGGAGCCUGGCGGAGCGCGGGGCGCGGGUGCUGCUGGCGUGCCGGGACCCCGCGCGGGGCGCCGCCGCGCGCGACCUGCUCGCCGCCGCCACCGGCAACCAGGACGUCCACUACCGCCCCCUCGACCUCGCCUCCCUCGCAUCCGUGCGACAGUUCGCCGACAACAUACUCAAGACAGAGAAAAGACUGGACGUCCUCAUCAAUAAUGCUGGAAGCACUGGCUUCGGCUUCACCAAGACGGAAGACGGGCUGGUCACCGGCAUGCAGGUCAACCACUUCGCGUCGGUGCUGUUGACCAGCCUCCUGCUGCCGCUGCUGAAGGCAUCAGCCCCUAGCAGAAUCAUCAACGUAUCCUCUUUACUGCACACGCAGGCGCGGCUGCGCGUCGACAACCUCAACAUGGAGAAGGAGACUGAAGACUCAUUCAGGGACUCUGACGUCUACUGCAACAGUAAACUGUGCAAUAUCCUGGUGGCUGUGGAACUGGCGAGGCAGCUCGAGGGUACGGGGGUCACGGUGAACGCGCUGCACCCAGGGUACGUCAAGACAGACAUACUGAAGAAGUCCACAAAGAACCCGUUUCUUUACGCGCUGGUGUGGCUGUCGACCAUGAUGACGAAGGACCCGUGGGAAGGCGCGCAGACCUCCAUAUUCCUGGCCGUCUCGCCUGAAGUGGAGGGCGUCAGUGGGUGCUACUUCAGUGAUUGUCACAUCGCUAAUGCGUCAAGAAAAGCUCAAGAUCGGGAACUGGCCAAAAAAGUUUGGGAGAGGUCUUUGGAACUCGUGAAUGGUGUUAAACUUAAGUGAGAAAACUAGUUUAACUUAUUUAUUUAGGCUAGAUUGCGUACUAAUUUUUACAAAUAAAUGAAUGUGUUUGCCUUUA